GAGUUUGGUAAAGUAUCCUGUAAACGAGAGUCGUGUCGCCAUCUUGACACAGUUUCCGUGAUUUUGAGGAGAGAUUUAGAAGAUUUGUUCCGUGUUGAGGACCAAGAGGCCGAUUUCCGCGCGCCUUCCCGCCUGUAGAUGGCCUGAUGGCCGCGGGGGGGACCCGGGCUGCCGUGUGGAGACGUUUCUAACUCAGAUGACACCAUCAUGAGCAAAAACAUGAAGAACGACCAUCUUGCGUACAACGUGCCUGACAAUGCCAACCUCAUCCUCAACACCAGCACAGACUCCACUCUGGAGUGUCCCAGUUACGAGGCCUUACGCAGCGACAGGAGGAGGAGAACCAGGGAGAGCAUGCAGGCUGUCGACUCCAGGCUGGCAGCAAGCGUCAUACCAAAGGUGGAUAACCUAACCCGCGAGGAGAGAGCUGCCAUCAUCCUACAGAAACAUUUCCGGGGCCACCUGGCCAGGAAGGAGUACAUCAACAUUCUCUGGGCUCAGUUCGACCAGGUUAAUUACUGCAUGCGGGAAAUAAUUAACGAUAAACCAGAUAGUGAGUGUGAGUGGGAAUGA